GUCUUAGCCAACACACCCUCGGUCCAAAGACAGAAGGACUCCAGUCCUGACUGACACGGGCUGUUUCAACCGGACUACUCUCCAGCCAAGGUAAACACACGGCUCUACUUCCUUACUUGUGGCUGUUAUUCAUUCACUUUUCAUGGUUUUUUAUUCGCUCCCGCUUGCUUUUAAAGUGUGGGACCAAAGUUAUUCAUGUCUGCUGGCAGUUAUCUCGUUCAGCUCCGGGGCUGGCUGCACUGACCUCAGUGUUAGCAGCAGUUAGCUGUUAGCUUCCUAUGCUUAGCUAGGGGCACGACAAUGCGAACUAUCUCGAUCUUUCAAGUGGGUUAAGAAGUUAUUUAGGAAACUUUAGCUGCAAAUAGCGAUAUGACACGCUCUUCCAGCGAUGUAAGCGACAAUGUAGCCUCUAAAUUCAGAUAAAGUUGUUUUGAAAUGCCCUUUGCCUCCAAAACUACAGAGAAGUUCGCCAUUUGUGUUAGCAAAGUAUUAGUAACUUAGGUCAACGUGGGUUUAAAGCGGAGUGUUUGAAUGCAUUAUGUAGACGACAUAUAAGCAUUACUGUCAGAGUAAAUGAGCACCGAGGAAUAUUAUAAUUGAAUAUUAAAAAUGAAGAAUGUUGCAAUCUUACCUAAUGUGUGCAACUCUGUGCAUGUAAACAGUAAUGCAAGGUAGAUUCAGACAGGUACACGUGUCUGAAAGCAGUGCCUCCAAAUACAUCAUCCCAGCAACAGUGCAUGUUCAGACUAGAUGGACUAGUGGCUCAGAUCGUGUUGAGACUGUUAGAGCAAUAUUGCAUUGCAUGGGCAAUAUUGUCAUCAAGUUCAUUCAUAAAUUAUAUCCACUAUAUUUCACUAAUUUCCGAAACAGGAUUUAAAAUUUCCUAAUUUAGAAAAAGUUCAAUCAGCCCUUCUCUAUACUUUCAUCAAGUCAUGCUUGUCUCAUCUACCCUAUUAAAUUGCUGUCUGAGUGUGUCUUCAAGCUGUUUGCUGUUGUCAACAGGUGGAGAGCUUAUCUGUAAGAGGAAAUCAGAGGAGGGUCUCAGAUACAGAAUCUCCUACACUCCCUGAUCAACAUGGGGGCUGUCGUCUCACGGUGGAAGGUUUGUUUCAAAUCAUCUCUCCUCUUUAUGCCGCUUUAAAAGCAGCAUUUCUUUUUGCACACAAUUUGACAAUAUUUGUUAAAUCUGUUGAAGAAUAAGGUAAGGUUUGACCAGUCAGCUUUAGAUUAUGAAGCUGACAGUGCGCAUGUUGUGCACCUGUUUGACUUCUGUAACUAAGUCAACCCCCCAGGCAUUUACAAUGUUUAUUUGCUUUAAAAGACCUACAUAGCUGGCCAUUGUGGCAUGCACAAUCAAGUUUACUGAAAUUACAAAAAGGAAGGAAGUAAACACUGAAAAUAAUGCAGAAGUCAGAUGAGGAAACAGGGAGAUGGUAAAAUCGUUUAAAAUGUUGCUUGCACAAAGUGUACUGUGUGUUGUGGCAAAUGUUGCUGACUGGGCUUUCACAAUGUUUGCCCUACAGACCAAACCAUCCACUGUGGAGAUUUUGGAAGGAAUCGAUAAGGUAUGCUUAACCUCAAAAAAAGGUUUCAACAGUGUUUUCCAUAUUCUCUAAUGCCCUGUUUACAUUUUAGCAGCAGGAGAUUUUUCUUCGCAGUAAAUCUCUACAGUUUGGUUGCUGUUUUGUCCAGAAAAAGUCUGCAGAGUCAGGACCAACAAUGUCCAGAAUUUGAUAUUUUUCACACAUGAAACAAACAACCAAAGAUAUUGUCUGAAUCAGACAAGUUCUCAUCAACAAAACCAUUUAUGUGUGGUUUGGGCAAGAGGAGUUGCCCGUGUAAAGUGCUAUGUCUCAUCUGUAAUGAGUUGAUAGUAAUUCUGCUUACAUUAGGUUGUAUCUGAUUACACAGGCAUCAGAACAGAGUAGGCAGCUUACACUUAGUUAAAAAACUAACAGGCUUGUUGCUGUGUAAUGUUAGGCAUGGUGUACUCAUACACUAGCUCAUUACAUUAUCAGAUAUUAUUUGUUCAUGGGGGCUUUCUCGGGUAAAGGUUGUGUCCAGAUCAACUGCUUUGAACAUUUGCAAUCUUACAUACAAUGCCUGGACCCAUGUUCAGAAAACACUUGAGUGAUGUUUGCAAAGCCUACACAAACCAGAAACACCCACAUGUUCUUCACACACUGAAGCAUUAACUUUUUAAGCAAACACUGUGGUUUUCAAUAUGAGUCCUUCUUAUCACCUGAACAAAUGAAGAAAAGCUGUGGAGGCUGGGUAACCCUUCAGGUACUUAGUGGCUGUUUAAACUUGUUUUUUUAAAAGUUAAAAUGUCAAAACUAAGCUGCUAUAUCAGUUAUCAGAUAAGUAAGUGGAUGUCAAAUCAGCUCCUCAUUUGCUCUCCUAUAGGGCUUUGGUGCUCCUGCACAGUUAAGCUAGUGUCAGGUUAUUUUCAGCACCUGCCCUUGGAGCAGGAGGCACUUAACUCAAGAGGUCAGCUGGCAUAGAAGUUUGUGGGGGCAAGUUUCUACUUUAAAAACAAUGAUCUUUUGCAUAAGGAUUUUUUUUUUUUAGCUGGAAUAAUUUUUCAUGUGCAUUGUUAUCUUACAAGUUCAAAUACUGUACAGCUGCUUGUGGUAUUUGUUUAUUCAGAGUUGGAGUGACAGACACAGAUGUUACAGAGGAACCAUAGUGACCAGACUGGGUCCUAUUCUGUUUGUAUGUUAUUUAUGGAUGGGGCAGCCUGGACUUAAGUGCAGCGGUAUAGGGUUACUCUAUUGAACAACAAAUCAUGAAUUGAAUACUUCUGAUUGCAAAAACAAAUUUUUACAUUAGUAAGAAUAAUAAUACGUAUAAUGAUAUUCUUUUGCAUUUAUAGAAAGAUGAGAUAUUUUUACUCCUAUCCUUAUAACAUGAUGAUUGUGAUAAUAUAGGAUGUAGCAUUACAGAGUGUGUAAUUCUGAAGUAUCAGUUACUGAUUUGCAAAACCAACUAAUUUAUCAACAUUUUACUUCAUAAUUAUGCAUAAUUGUAUUCUGAUUGACUGUCUUGAUUAAAUGUACUUAAAUAUGCAGUGUUUGGUAGUUAGAUUUUUGUUCAUGAAUUGUGUCCCAUAUAGCCAUUCAGUGCAUCUUGUGUUGAGGAUGUUAAGUGCAGUAGGGCUUAGUCCACCUGACUUUAACCACCUCAACUCAGUGCUGAGAAAUCAUGCUUAAAAUCUAAUUUGUAUGUAAUGCCCCUUCAUUUUUCCUCGUAGGACAUCCAGACUCUUGAAGACUACAGUGAGAAGUAUCAGAGGCAGUUGAAGAUAUGGGUUGGGCGGCUGCUUCUGUACUCGUCUCUGCUCUAUCUGGUCACAUGUAUUGUGGUGUAUUUCUGGUAUCUGCCUGAACAGUUGAUGGGACGGCUCAUAUUGUCUCUGCCCUUUGUUAUAUUUCCUUUAUUGUAAGUGUACAAGAUGAGUUACUUAUAUUCACAGAUCUGCAUUUGGUCAAGAUUGUUUUUAUGAUAUAAAUUGUUUCUUAUUUCUCCCUUUAGAGUGUGGUUACUUCGAAAGUUCCUAAUAGUUAUUUUUUCACGAAGGACUGAAAAAAAUAGUAAGAUAAAUUUGUCUUUUAUUAAUUAAUUUCAUUUCAUUAUAAUUUCAUUAUUUCAUACAAAGGUAUAACAUUACGAUUAUGUAGUGUUGAAGUUGCUGUUUUUUUUUUUUUCUUUUCAGAUGAAAAAUUGGAGGAUCUCAAAGCACAAAAAAGGAAAAUAGUGAGUUGUGUUAUAUUUAAAUAUUUGUUGAAUGAUGAUUUCUGUUGGUUUCAUUCUUAUAUCUGACCUUUUGGUUUCCUUUGAUUUCACCUGAAGGGCUAAAACAAGUCACGGCACGGCAUCUUGCAGCUUUAAAGAAAAACUUUAUUGAGAAUGAACAUAGAUCACCCCCAGUAAAGUAAAAAGUGAUAUUUUUGCAGUACAAUCACUUAAAUACAUAGUAAACAAUUAAGGAUCAAGCAAAUCAGAUUUUACAUUGUGGGAAGGAUAUUUCUGAGUGGGAAACCACAAAAAAAAGGGAACUUGACACAUUAGUGUUUAUUUUUCCAGUUGCAAAUAAAUGGAUUCAGGAAACAAGGAAAACAAAAAACUAAAUCUGAUUUGCUGUAACAAACUUAAUUAUUUUAUGAUAGGAGUUUCUUCAAUAGACUAUUUCUAAUGCUGCUAAAAUUCACUUUACAGUUAGAUAUAUCAACAAAGAAAUAUUUCAGAAAACACUUGUCAUGUACCUGACCCUUAACUAGUAAGAUAGUUCAACUCAUAUCUCUAUGAUGUUUGCACAGACCAGACAGAGAAUGAAAGAAUUAAUUGAGAAAGUUGGUGUAGUGUUGCUCAGCAUUUUGCAACAAGAUACUUAUCAAUAUGAGAUCUACAGACUGUUUUAUUGGUACAGUGACUUAACCCACUCUGCUAAUGUCACUCUAAUUAAUAGCAUUUAGUGCAGGAAAGAAAUAAAUCUGAGAAAUUGCUUGUCAUCCUCUGUCAAGUCUAAUAACUUUCAAUAAUUAGUGCUGAUGGAUUUUCACACUCUCCAUAAUCGAAGUAGUGAAUGUAAUUAUUCUUCAUACUAGAUGUAAACAUUAAGAAAUGUUAAGUGCUUAAUUUAAAUCAAGAUAUACUAUUUAGUGAAGUAACUUCAGGCUGCCCUUUCUUAGUCACAAACUUGAAAUGUAAUUGAUGGUGAUUUUUAAGAUAUUAAUGUGUGUUCAUAAAACACCUAUUAAUUUUAUCAGAUGAUCAUUAAGUUAUUCUUGUGCAAAAGAGCCAUUAUAUGAAUAAUUACAUUGGGCAAUGUAUUGAAAAUAUCAUGUCAGCAUUUAUCUUAAUACACCAUGUGAUGUCAUUAUUUUCCAGCUUGAAGAAGUUAUGGAAACUGAGACGUAUAAAAAUGCUAAAAUGAUUCUGGAGAGAUUUGAUCCGGAUUCAAAGAAAAAGAUUGUGAGUCAUUUUGUUUUUACAUGAAAGAUGAAAUAAUAGUGUUUAAUUGUAUUCCUUAUAAAGUCAUGCUGCUAUUGUAAUCCUAUUGCCUAUUGUAAUCCAUCUAAAGGAGCUUGAAUCGACUCCAGUUGGACCACAGAUGACUCCGAAACCAGGACAAGGUAGUAAAGAGUUCCAGAAAGGUGCAUUAUGUUCUCACCUUUCUCUCCAACAUUUCUUAUUGUUGUUAAACGAUCUGUAAUGUUUUCUGUGUUAGAGCUUCGCCAGCGCAAUGUCAUCCCUAAGACCCCCACACCAGUGGUGAAUCUUGUAAGUGGAGCUGCUGCCCGCCCUCCUCUUGCCUCUGGGCCCACCUAUCCUGGCCGAUCUUCCCACUCUGCUCCAGGUGGACCCCCAGAGAGGGGCCUGUCGGCUAUAGCUGCUCAGCAGAGCUUGAUGAGGAGGCCCGUGACCCCUGGAACACCUGUUCCAGGAGUCGGUGAGUUACCUGCACACAGGGGGACCACAUCAUAAUGUGGUCGAUUAAGGUGUGAUUUACUCUUCCCUGGCUUUGUGUCCCCAGUUGCUGAAGGCCCUGUGGUGUGUGUUGUCAGAAAUGUGGUAUAUAUUAUACAGUGGUUGUAAUGGGUAAUUAUGUGAAUGUAGUUUUAAAUAUCUUACUAAAAGGUUGAUCCUUUUUCAAGGUAAUAAUUAGGAACUAAUAUUAAACAUAGGGACAAACUUAUAUACAGUCAGAACAUUUAAUUUGGGGCACUAAUGUAUUUUCUUGUUUUAUAAAUCGCUUUCAAAGAUUUCAAAACCCAGCCAGCCAACACCAUGAAAACUUUGUGAAACAGUUGCUGUAAAUGGGAAACGUGCAGCAUGUAGAGGCAUUGGAUAUUUAAUAUGAAUUAUUUCUGGACUAUGAACACUCAAUAGAAGAUGCAAAUAAGUGCAAACAGUAAAGCAAAUGUGUUCCUAGAGGAAGCUGCAUGCUGUAAUUGCCAUGUGGAAUGCCAACUGUGAGGUAUGCAGGAAUCAGGAUUACAUUAACUAUGAUUAAUUAGCCAGACCUGCGUUUGUUCUCUGGGCAAUGGUGGUAGAAUCUCACUAAAUGUCUUUUAAUGCUUGGUGAAAUUGCCUUUGGCAUUGGGAACACCUCACAAAUGGUUUACAUGACUUGAUGUUAUCACCUGCUUCUGCGGAAAAUUGAAAGUGAAAAGCAAUUUGAUACAAAGAGUCACCACAGAGUUUCCAUAUGUUGGUAAAUUAAUAACCAGCAGGAUACUGAGACUCUGCCAAGUCUCACAGAAAUGACCAGUCAUCUUCCUAUGAUUGCUCUUGAUGUUAGAUUAUAUUAAUUACUACUCACCAACACAGCAGGGAUUCUGGACGUGCUUUGCAACUGAGAUCCGGUGUUCAGUCAUUAAGAAAAAAAGGGGCAGAGAUUUCCUAAAAUUCAUCAGGAUUUGUGCAUCUAACUGAGAAUCUCAGCCUGAAGAUUUCACUUUAGAUUGCACACAGACCAGAGUAACUACAGUUUGUGCAGACCUCUGACUGUGUCUAACACACAUUGAUGUUGUGCUUUAACAGGGAUGCACCCCCCGGGCCCACCCCUGGCCAGACCUGUGCUCCCAAGGGAGAGAGGUGCCAUGGACAGAGUCAUUGAGUAUCUUGUUGGAGAUGGCCCUCAGAACAGGUACAUUAAUUCUGCUUUUAAAUGCAUGAAUGCAUUACGUGAACAUUUUGGUGAAGUGUAGUUACAGAAUUACAGAAAUGCAGUACUUUUUCUGCAGGAUUAUCUUAAACUGAUCCUUUAUAUGUGAUAGGUAAUCUACAUGCGUACGCCAAAUGUAUUAUUUCUAUCUUGCUCUGAAAAGUGAUGCUGAGAUGCUGAUAAUUCCUCGAGAUUAACUGUGAAUUAAGCUUGCUGCCAUGUAAGCUGUCAUAACUCAAUUGUCUCUCUUAUCUCAUAGAUUCGCUCUCAUAUGUCAGCAGUGUCUCUCCCAUAACGGCAUGGCAUUAAAGGAGGAAUUUGAAUACGUUGGUAAGACUUAAAGGAACACAGCGCUCUCUGUUCAUCUCUAUCAAACGCUGUGCCGCCAUUUGCCCUCUAGCAUUUGGCAGCGUAGUAUAUCAUAUGGCUCUUAAAUGCCUCUGCCACCAGCAACCCCUGUAAGCAAAAAAGCAACAAGAUUGAAAAUCCAAACGAGUGCUACACAUCAAUCUGAAAUGUUUAUGCAUCUCAAGCAUCUUUUGUCAUCGCUUCAUAUUCAUGUAUAUUAAUCUAAGUCUGUUUGCGAAUGUGUAAUCCAGUGGACGUAUAAUAAAUGAAUGGUGUCUUAUUUGUCGUCGCAGCCUUUCGGUGUGCAUAUUGUUAUUUCUUGAACCCCGCGAGAAAGACCAGGCCUCAGGCACCCAGACUCCCUGAGGUCACAGGUGAGCAGAGGAUGCCAUCCGAAGCGCCCUUGCCAUCACCAGCUGCAGAGGUGGAUGAUCACCAAUCUGUUUUAGGUGAUUAUGACCUUCAAACAGGUUUUGUCCACACAGGGCAUGAACCUCUGAAGUGUAAAUUAUUUUGUACUAAUGUUAAAAAGUCAGUGUAGUCCUUUUAUUCUCCCUCCUGCUAUCAUUAGGUUUCUACUAUUUGAAAAUUCAUGCCAAUCUAAAUUGAAUUAUCUCUCAUUGCAGAGAACAGCAAGCUCGCCGAUGACUCUGCUGAAACGGAGACCCAAGAGCCAGACACAUCAACAACCACAGAGCCCAGUUCUGCAUCAGACAGUCAAAGCACUCCAGAGUCACAAGAUCCACCCCUUGAGAAAUCUGACGGGGAGCAAGAUUUGUCUGCUAUGGAGGUGGAAUAAAAAAGGUGGAGUAAUGAUGUUAACACAAGUCAUGCUGGAUGUUGAAAGAAAUAACAGUCAACUUAUAAGUAACUGCCAUGAGUGGUCAGCAGAUGUGGAUUUUUCUUUUUUUUUAACUUACAGCACAGAAUGUCCUUUCUUUUGAGAAUUGCUUUGUAGUUUUUGCACAGUAGUUGUGAAUUGAAUAAUAAACCGCGUAGCCUUAGUAUUUAGGUGCAAUUCCCAAACAAACCUCCUUUCCAGUACGGUUUCAGGUCCAGCCCAUUUUGGCUCGACUUUUGAGGACGACAAAGAUCAGGAUAGCCCAGAUGUUAAAUUAAUGGGGUUCUUGGUGUCUUACAGGAAAAGUCAGUUCUCUGGUUAUUCUCUGUUUUGUAUUUAUCUCUCUUAUAUUUUUGAACGACUCUGUCUUUAUUAAUUGGAAAUUGCUGAGACAAAAUGAUUUUGUGACAAAAACUUCUAUUUAUGGGAAAUUAUUUAAAGUUUUCUAUGAGGCUGUGCCAUCCAUGACAGUGUUUACUAGGCUACUCUGGGGCACAGUAGUGCUAAAAACAUGUUUACACAACCUUGGUACAAUAAUGGGAAUGUACAUACAGUUUGUAUUUAUUGCCGAAAGGGAGGAAAUGAGAUUGAUGACAGUACUGUGCACUUGCCUUCAGUGCCUUUUUAAAAAUGUAAGUCUGUUUCAGAGUAUUGUCAAUGAAAUAUAUUUACAUAUGAAGAGUAAAGUCAUUUAAAUGUUUACAGACAGUAUGUGUUUGCUGAAUGUCUAAAUCCCUUUGCUGUUUAAAUAAUACUUAAUAAACUUUUGAGGAAAACCUG